AUGAAAAUCGGCGCCUUGCUUUCCGGUGGGAAAGAUUCGCUGUUCGCCCUUCACGCUGUAGUUGCAUCGGGCCACGAUGUCACGUGUAUUGGCCACAUUUAUCCCGAGGAUGGCGGCGAGCCCGACUCGGAAAUGUACCAAUCUGUCGCUACAGAAGGAAUCUCACUCGUUGCUCAAGCGCUUGAAUUGCCCAUCUUCACGCAAGGCUCUAAAAGCAAGUCCAACUGCUCAACCAUGGACUACACACCAUCAGAAGGCGACGAAGUGGAAGAUCUCUACCUUCUUCUGGCAAAAAUGAAGAAACAGAUGCAAAUUGAUGGAAUUUGCUGCGGUGCUCUUCUUUCAGAUUACCAGCGAGUACGAGUUGAGUCCGUUUGCAGCCGACUUGGGCUGGUUUCACUCGCUCCGCUUUGGCAAAAAGAUCAGAAGCAGUACAUCCAGGACUUGUCGCAACUUGGCUUCGAGGUCGUCAUUGUAAAAGUGGCGGCGCUGGGAUUAAACCGGAAGCACGUCGGAAAGCUGCUUCACGAGCUGACCCCGACGCUCUUAACUUUGGAAGAGAAAUUCGGAGUACAUCCGGCGGGCGAAGGUGGCGAAUUCGAAUCGUUCGUGACCGACUGUCCUCUCUACAAGAAGAAAAUCGCUCUAGAGGAGACAGAAACGAUCUUGCACUCGGAUGACUUCGACGCCCCGGUUUACUACCUCCAAAUAAAGAAAGCUUCUUUAGAGACCAAGAGUUUCCGGCAGUCAGAAAGCGGAAACGCGGAUUGGAGGCUUUCGCCAGCGAUGCGACAGUAUCGAUCAGAUGCAGCGGCCGUUCCAGCAGUCACGGAGGGUAAAAUCAUCGCAUCCGAUGGUCGAUUCGUGGCGAUUUCCGGUCUCAGCUCUUCAACCCUCGCCGCCGCGCUGGAAACUGUUAAUUGCGGGCUAAAGGCGAGAGGCCUCAAUAGAGCCGACAUUGUUCAAGUGCAGCUAUUUCUCCGCGAUUUAAGUCAAUUUAACACAAUGAAUGCGGCGUACAACGAAUUCUUCAAAGGCGAGAAAAAAACGCCGACCAGGCUCUGUGUCGAAGUUGACUUGCCACCCGACCAGUCGUUCAUCAUCAACGUCUUGGCAAGAGGAGGCGACUCUGGAAACUCGAAAAGGUUGAAAGUGACUAGCCGCUCGAAUUGGGCCUGCUCCGUUGUUGGGCCAUAUUCUCAAGCUGCGCUGUUCAACGAGGAAUUGUACUUGUCCGGAAUCAUAGGUUUACGAGGGAUGGAACACCUCUUAGCGGCGGGAGCCUCAAAUCAACUGCGCCUCGCUUGUUCGCACCGCGACCAGCUGAUCGAACUGAUGGCGCCUAGCUUUCAAGCUCAGAGCAUGUACUCUUUCAUCACCUCGGAGGACAUUGCCACUGGUACCAGCAUCCGCAGCGAAGAUUUAGGGAGCUUCAGUAUCCUCGUGUCCUGUCUGCCGCGCGGGGCGUCCGUCGAGAUCGCGGCGCGCGUGAGCGCAUCUGGCUUGGCGCAUUAUUGCGCCGCUGUCGACUCGAAGUCAGAAGUGAAAGAGAUUUUUGAGAGAAGAAGAGGAAAAGCUUCCCAAAGAUUGUUUUUCGAUUUGUCAUCUUUCUGUUGCAGAAUGAACACCGCUAAGGACGAUGAAGUGAUUCGCACACGAUUGUUGCUUGACGGCGAGGGUGCGGGCGAUGACAGGAAGCUGACACUUUUAUUAAAAUCCUUUCUUCGGUGGUGCAACAGUCCGGAACCUGAUCAGGCAGCUGGACAGAAGAUUUUGCAAAUGCUCGAUCAAGCGGAAUAUCAGGUGAAGAAGUUGACAAUGAUCGCCAAGGCCAACGAGCGCCAACGACAAAAAUACAUUGACAACGAGAAAGAAGUUGAAGUUGAAAUGUCCAAUGCCUCGAAAAUGAUAGAAAAAGCAACAGCCGAGCUGAAAGAAGCGCGAAAAUACAAGUCCAAUCAGCAAGAAUACGACGCCUUUGCCAAAAUCAUCAACAAACAUCCUGACAGAGCAACGUCCAACGCCGAAAUCGAGAAAAUAAAAGAAGACAUCGACGCUUUAACUAUCGAAAAGGAAGGGCUCGAUUCCAAGCUAAACGAGAGAAGAAAAGAAGUGCAUGUCCUUCUUCAAGCGAUUCAUGGGCUGGAGCAAAAGAUGCGCAGAGUCGAGGCGGAAACGUCGAUAGAAGUCAUGGACAUUACCAUGGACGAAGAGGAAGAAGAAGAGUGA